AAACCCAUAAACCCUAAAACACACAAAUACCCUCUCUCUUUCUCUCUAGCAUUCGUCUACAGAAAUUCCAUGGUGUUGAAGGGAAAACAAGCUUAAUAGUUGAUAUACCCAUUUCUCAAUCACUGCUCUGAUGUCGAGGCUUUUCAAGAGCGCCUUAUCUCUCAGACGUUCACUGUUUUUCACAGAGGUAGUCUUUCUGGGUAUACAGAAAUCUAUUUGUGCAACUUCUUCACAGUUAUGCAAUUUUUCUACUAAAGGUAAAAAGAAAAAUAAAUCAAGUGGAAGUGACUCAAAUGAUGAAAAUUUGUCCAAAAAAGAGCUGGCCUUACAGCAAGCACUAGACCAGAUAACCACCUCAUUUGGAAAAGGGUCAAUCAUGUGGUUGGGUCGAGAUGUUGCUUCUAGAGAAGUGCCUGUGGUAUCGACAGGGUCUUUUGCUUUGGACAUAGCACUUGGAAUUGGCGGGUUCCCAAAGGGACGCGUGGUGGAGAUUUAUGGUCCAGAGGCUUCUGGUAAAACAACCCUUGCUUUGCAUGUGAUUGCCGAAUCACAGAAACAAGGAGGCUGUUGUGUUUUUGUUGAUGCGGAGCAUGCUCUUGAUCCAGCUCUUGCAGAGUCUAUUGGUGUAAAUACUGAAAACUUGUUACUUUCUCAACCUGAUUGUGGCGAACAAGCUCUCAGCCUUGUGGAUACCUUAAUCAGGAGUGGCUCAGUUGAUGUAGUGGUUGUUGACAGUGUUGCGGCCCUUGUGCCUAAAGGAGAACUUGAUGGAGAGAUGGGUGAUGCACAUAUGGCAAUGCAAGCUCGAUUAAUGAGCCAGGCACUUCGCAAGUUGAGCCAUUCUUUGUCUUUAUCACAAACAGUAUUGAUAUUCAUUAAUCAGGUGAGAGCAAAGUUAUCAACUUUUGGCGGCUUUGGUGGGCCCCAAGAAGUUACUUGUGGUGGCAACGCAUUGAAAUUCUAUGCAUCGAUGCGCCUGAACAUCAAGAGAAUUGGGCUUGUCAAGAAGGGAGAAGAGACGGUUGGGAGUCAGGUUCUUGUGAAGAUUGUGAAGAACAAACAUGCACCUCCUUUCAGAAACGUUGAAUUUGAGCUAGAGUUUGGAAAGGGCAUAUGUCGCGAGUCUGAGCUCAUAGAAUUAGGAUGCAAGCACAAGUUAAUUGAAAAAUCAGGAGGAGGCUAUUACAAAAUCAAUGGGCAGAUGGUUCGUGGUAAAGAUAAUCUGAAACAAUUCCUAUCCGAUAACACAACCAUAAAAGAGGAGCUGACGAUGAAUCUUAGGGAGAAAUUGAUAAAUUCCAGGUCAGAAAAAGCAAACUUGUCCGAAACAGAUGCGGCUGAUGAUGAUGAUGAAGUUCCUGAGAAAAUCGUCUCAGUUGAAUCCGUUGAAUCCACUGACGACCAAAUCGUAUCAGCAGCUGUUGCAUAGUUGUUUCUCUACUGAUGAAUGAUGUUUUUUUAGGUAAAAAUGAAAAGUUUUGAGAUAUUGAUUGGCCAAAUUAAAUGUGUUGUUUUGAUUGUUCAGUUGUAAGCAUUUCUUUUUGUUGAUUUAGAUUAAAAUGAAUUUACUUUCUUUUGUAUGUCAAAAAAUUAAUGUAGUACAUUUGAUUCCAUCUAUGUUUGUAUAUAAUUAAUUAGUAUUAUUUAAUGGUCCUAAUCAAGGAUUAUGAAAAA